AUGGCCUCUUUUACCAAAUUGGAUGACCAGGAAACUCCUGUGAUCUCGGUUCAUCCCGAGAGAAAGAUUUCCAAGAUCAAUCCGAAUAUCUAUUCUGGAUUUACUGAGCAUAUGGGACGGUGCAUUUAUGGCGGCAUUUACGAUCCUGGAAACCCAUUGUCCGACGAAAACGGCUUCCGCACGGAUGUUUUGGAGGCGUUGAAGGGGCUCAAUAUCCCCGUCGUUCGGUAUCCCGGUGGUAACUUCUGCGCGACUUACCACUGGCUGGAUGGUGUUGGCCCUAAGGACCAACGUCCUGCGAGACCUGAGCUUGCUUGGCUUGGAACAGAGACCAACCAGUUUGGAACUGAUGAGUUCAUGAAGUGGUGUGAGGCAGUCGGCACCGAGCCGUACCUUUGCUUCAACUUCGGCACUGGUACUCUGGAUGAAGCUUUGGGCUGGGUUGAGUACUGCAACGGAACAGGAAACACGUACUACGCCAAUCUGCGCCGAAAGAAUGGUCGCGAGGAACCCUACAAUGUCAAAUACUGGGCUCUCGGUAACGAAUGCUGGGGUCCCUGGCAGGUCGAACAGAUGACCAAGGAAGCAUAUGCCCACAAGGCCAUUCAAUGGGCCAAAGCCCUGAAGCUCCUUGAUCCCACCCUCAUUCUCAUCCUCUGUGGCAAGGAAGGUGCCACCACCUGGGACUACUACACACUUAAGGAGUGUCUCGUCCCCGCCCACUCAGCCCUAUCAACCAGCUCCGUCCCCCUGAUCGACAUGCACAGCAUCCACCUCUACACAUCCUCCUCAUCCCAUCUCCCCAAUGUUACAGCUCCCCUAGCCGCAGAGCGUGCCAUCGAAAUCACAUCUUCCCUCAUCGACCUUGCUCGCGUCGAGAAUCAAGUCCCACCCGAGCAACUGCGCCCAACAAUCUGUUUCGACGAAUGGAACGUAUGGGACCCCAUCCGCGCAGAGGGAAGCCAAGGCGCAGAAGAAAACUACACACUCUCCGACGCACUUGCCGUCGCCGUGUGGCUGAACGUUUUCGUUCGCAAGAGCAAAGACGUCGGCAUGGCAUGUAUUGCACAGACUGUUAAUGUCAUUUCGCCACUGAUGACUACCAAAGAUGGUAUCACAAAGCAAACAACCUGGUGGCCUCUUUGGUUGUAUUCGCGAUUCAUGCGUGGAUGGACCAUCGGCAGCCAUGUUUCGUCUGGGACUUAUGAGGGUGAGACGAAGCCGGUUUGGGUUCGUGGUGCUGUACAGACGCCUUGGUUGGAUGUUAGUGCCUCACUUGGUGAGGAUGGGUAUGUGAAUGUUGCUGUUGUUAAUAUUCAUGAUGAGAAGGACUUUGAGAGUCGGGUUGAGGGGGCGAAGGGGGAGGUUGAGGUGUUCACGGUUACUGGUGCUGAUGUUUCUGUGACAAAUAUGAAUGGCAAGGAAGAGGUGGCUAUUAGAGAGUCGACUUGGAGUGCGAGUGGAAGCUAUGUCUUCCCCAAGCACUCACUUACAUUGCUGAGAUGGAAGGCUUAG